CACUAUUGUAUGAUUUAUAAGAAACCGAAACCAAAGGCUGAAGCAGAAGCAGGACGUGAGUGCUUAACGUUUGCUGCACAUCCUCUCAAUAUCUUUUACGCAUUUCCCGCACAAACGUACCCCAAAACACCACGAGCCGCACCCAAGUUAAAAAGACAUUCCAAUCUUAUUUAAAAUUAUCACGAGGGUGCGGGAAAACCGAUGCAUAGAGGUGAUGUGGCAAAUUUUAAAAGACUGAGCGGCCUUGCCUGAGCCUGUGAGCGGCUGACCUUGAGAAGCUAAACAUGGGUUACACGAUUCACUCCAGCUAGACGGUUUUAUGCAUUUCCCACCCGCCAGACGGCCUUCUUAGCGGCGGACACUGAAGGAGCUGGCAAGAUGGAGGAAGGUCUUCUGUCCUUAAAGUGGAAUAACCACAAGUCUACGUUCUUCCAAGUUCUCUCGGGUUUGCGAGAAAAGCACACCUACACUGAUGUCACACUGGCCUGCGACGGGCAGGUCUAUCCAGCCCACAAGUUUGUGCUCUCAACAUGCAGUGAAUACUUUAGUGAAAUAUUUACCUCUACCAGUGGCACCAGCAUAGUCAUUGUGCUGAAGGAUGUGCGGAGACAGGACCUUGAGUACCUAAUGGACUACAUGUACCUGGGUCAGGUGGAUGUGGCUCAGUCAGAACUGCCCAGCCUUAUAAAAACCGCUGAGUGCCUUAGGAUUAAAGGGCUGGCCAUCCCUGACGAUGAGCCUCACAAAACCCAGAGGAGGGGCGCUGAUGAGAGGGAGGGGAGUCCGCCCCCUUCCAAAAAGAAACGGUACCUGCAGGAGGAUGACAGACACCCUGCCUCCUCCACCUCCACCACUAAUAACAAUAACAACACCACCAGCACCUCGUCAUCCUCUUCCUCCACCUCCGCAUCGGGUAGAAUACAGAUGGAGGUGCUGCCCCCACCAUCAGACCUCAGCUCCCUAGUGCACCUCAGACAACCUCCACACUCCCAGCAGCCCCUACAGGCACCCCCGCCACCUCCUCCAACCUCCCAGGGCAGCAGCAAGAGUCACUCCUCACAGUCACUCUCACUCAACCUCACCACCCAGGCCUCCAGAACACCCCAGGGAGGCAGUUCAGGCCCCCAUGUUCACACACCCACCUCCACCUCUGCACCAUCCUCUCACCGGCCCCACUCCUCCCCCUCCCACACCACUCCUGUCCCUGUCAUAAAGGAAGAGGCAGCAGAUCCCCCUGAGACCCCUGAAGGCUACCUGAAUGAGAGCUUUGAGGAAAAUGAGACUAAACCUGAUGUCUCAGAUCCACGGCAUCUAGAUCCUGAUGGAGCUGUUCCUGGACCUUCAGGCCUCCAAGGGUCUGACAACUGGGACGGCGAUGGAGAGAUGGGUGGGUACGGGGGUAGCGACAGCUACCCUGAGGGCAGCCUGGAGGAACAUGGAGAGUCAGAGGUACAGGGGGCAGUCGAUGUGCCCCGAACACCAGGCAUGCACCACCCUCCACCUCACCCACUAGACCCACACACCACUCAGAACUCCCUAGGCAGCAGCUCCUUCCCACAGCUCACCCAUGAACUGACAACUCAGAGAUCUAUCAGCGGCAGUGCUGUUCCACCCUCACUCUUGUCGGGUCCCUCCAGUAAUUCCAUGUUUGCCUCGUCCUUGAGUGGAAAUGCUGCACUUAGCACAUCAUUGGAGGCAUCAGACGGCUCCUCACAGGACUUCCUCAUGGGGACCCUCACAGGGGAUGGACUGUCUCGUCUCGUGUGUCCAUACUGUGGGAAGAUCAGCCGGUGCCUCAGUCACCUCCAAACACACAUCAGAGUCCACACAGGAGAACGUCCAUAUGCAUGUACCUACUGCUCCUUCAGAACAACACAGAAGGUGGCCUUGAAGGAGCACAUCUACACCCACACGGGGGAGAAGCCACACCUGUGUCCAUACUGUGACUUCAAGUGUGCCAAGAAGUGUAACCUGAACUCCCACAUCAGACGGCACCACAACAUGUGAAUGGGUGUCUUUAUAGCUUGUGUGGAAAUUUACUCAGUGGUGAUGGGUAGAAGUGAAACAGAUAAGUGGAGAAGAUGGCAAGGAAACUCAGGCUGAAGCAAUACUGUUGUGUUUUUCCUACAUCUCAGCUACGGGGCUUCCUCAGAGAGACUGUUAUUUGUGUAGUUGAAACAUAAGGGAAUAUAUAGUACAUACUUCUGCUGCAAUAUGAGCUUCCUUACUACCUUUCUCAUUUAUUCAAAAAUGUCUCUUUUUGCGUGUGUGUCUUGCAUGUCAGCUGUGCUCCUGUCAAUCUUAGGGGUGGGAGCUGGAGGGAUGUUCAAGCAGCAGGACAGCAGUGCAGUGCCAACUUUUUAGUAUACUGAAGAAAUAUAAAAGACACAUAGUUCAUAAUUGUACAAAAAAUGAAGAUAGUAUAGAUCAUAAGCACAUAAUGUCGAUGAAUUUAUGCUGGAGACAGCUUGAAUGAAAAAUAGAAAAUGCAGUGUUAUUUAUUCUCUUAUUUAUCUGCAUGUAUGUGUGAUGAAACAUAUCAGAGUUUUAAUGUGCAAUUUGGAGUCUCUUUUGAUAUAACUUUUCUGACUAUGAUAACCAUUCCAGUCAGUCAAAAGCUAACAAAAAAAUGCCAGGACAAGAGGUUGCAGUUUUUGUCCUUUUGAUAACUAUUUAGGGCAUAGGAGGGAAUACAGAGAGAUGUUCUUAAAUAUUCAUGUAUAUCUAAGGGACAUCAGAGGACUAUAAUGAAAUCAAUCCAUCUCACACACAUCUCUCAAGGCAAGAACUGGGAUGAAAUGAAGGACUGUCAACUUUUCUCAGGUUUCUUUAUACCUUUCAUUAAUAUAAGAAGUUAUUUAAUUGUCACCCUAUUCAUGUGACAAAGUGUACAUUUAAUAAUGUAUGUCAUGCAAUUUAUUUCCUGCAUUUAUUUAUUUACCUAUAUGUACUUUUAAUGAUGAAACAUAUCAUAUGAAUUUUAUGUAAGAUUUCCAUGAAGUUCUUUUUGUGAUACACUGAUGGUGCCAAGCAAGUGAAGAAUGACAGGUUACAAAAGAAAGCCUUUAUAAUGUGAGUAUGAUACCAUCGUAUGUAUGAUUAUUCAGUUAUCAUUAUGUCUAGACCUGCAUGACAGUUUACAAGAAUGCAGCAUAAACACAGGUCCAUGUUAUAUAGUUAUUAUUUGGAAUAUGAUCCCAUUAUUGGCAGCAAAUUUUAGGUGACAAAUGAGAAAGCUUGUAAAUGUAUGCAAAAUUUUAUGAUGUAGAGUAGACCAUUCAUAUAAAUUCAUUCACUCAUUUGUUACUGGUUAAUUUAUUUACUUCUUAUGUGUCUCUAUUUUCCGCUCCUUCCAAAAUUCAGAAUCUUUCAGGCAUAGAAAAAAUUGUAUUGCCAGAGAGGAAAAAGGUAUUGUACUAAAAAAAAAAAAACUAUAUUAUAUAUUAGUCAUAACAUGUAAAAAGUGAACAUAAUGAUUGCUUGAAAAUAAAUAUCCAUAUGAAACACUUUGCUAUAGAGCUUCUGUGUAUGUGUGUGUGUGUGUGUGUGUGUGUGUGUGUAUGUGUGUGUAUGUGUGUACAUACAGCAGUCUCUGUAGAAAACCUUAUUUAUAUAUAAACAUGUCUUUAUUUUUUUGUACCUACUGUGAAGUUUUGUGUAUUUUGGUGACAUCUAGAAUUGCGAAUGUAGCUCCUCCCACUGCCUCCCUUGUAGGGACUUAGGCUGUGCCAGUAUGAGGCAGACUGUCUCUUAGGUCUUUAGUUGCAUGGAGUUGAUCAGUGUCCUGUGAAUCUCUGGUCAGGGAGAGUGAGUGUAGAUGAUGAGAAACCAAUGAGAAAAAAACAUUAAAAGUUCCUCCUUGA